UAAAAUUUAAUUGCAGCACUACAACAUCAAUCAAAAACAUCCUUUCUAUUUCCUCCUUCACGGCUCCUGAUUCAGACAGCUGGACACAACCGCGACCAUCUAGUCUCUUUCAGUUUUGGGGAACGCAGCGCACAAAGACUGAAGGUUGCUUGAAAAACAUGGCAGAUCAGGAAGCAUUUAAAUACAGUCCAACAAGAGGUGCUGCUAGUUUUCAAUCUCUGCCAGACUUUGAGCCAAGCUUGCACCUUCACUGUCCUCGGGACCAUCUGACAGAUGAUGUGCCCGAUGAUAGCGGUGCUACUCAGCUGAGGAAAAAUCUACCUGCUUCUGGAGAUCAUGACCAAGGGAAAGAGGCUUUACUUUAUGAAGGAGGUGACAGAAUGGAGAGGGCUUCCAUCCAAAAACUCAAAGUUAAACUUGAUUCUGGCGACAUCCUAUUGGAAGAUGAGGAUGAAAACUCAGCGGUCCUCUCUCUCCCAGGCAUGUCACCCACUGAAAGCAUACUCUCGGAAGAAGAGCUCCAUCUGGACCAGAUCGAGGACUUCAAGAAUCCAGACAAGAGCACCAAGACUGAAGUUUGGCGAACUGAUGGGCACAAGAAUUACAUGGCAGCAAUAAGUAGCGAGAAGUUUGACAGCCUCCUGAAGAUGUGUCCUGAUUUCCAUGGCUGUAAGAAACACAUGGCAGCAUUUGUCUUGAUCAGAGAGGUGUUCGAUACAGGGGGCCAGCCCUGUGAGCAUUACAAGGUGGUGGCGUUGGGAGCUGGCCGCUCAAGCUGCAACAAGUGGCUUUGCUACAAUGGGACGAUGGUCCAUGACUGCCAUGCCAUCAUCAUUGCCAGACGGGCCCUCCUAAGGUUUCUGUACAAACAGCUUCUGCUGUUCUUUGACGAUGAUCCAAAGGCCAAGGAGAACUGUAUUUUCGAGAGUAGUACAGACAGCCACCAGCUUCAGCUCAAACCCAAGAUCAGUCUGCAUCUCUACACCAAUCAGUGUCCUGAAGGAGCAGCUAAAAACUUCUACUUCAAGGGCCCUGUGAACAGCACUUGGACAGCUAUGAAGCUGCAGUAUCAUGCCAAGGGCCUGCUGGUCCCUGUGGCUUACCUUGACCCGAGUCUCUGGGGUGCCAAAGUCUGCUGCAUGUCUGGUAGUGAUAAGCUGUGUCGCUGGACUGUCACUGGGGUUCAGGGUGCAUUACUGAGCCACUUCAUCCAGCCACUCUACAUCACCAGCAUGGUGCUAGGGGGCCAGAAGCUAUUUAAUGAGGAAGUGUCUGAUAUCACCAACAAGCGACUGGAUGAUGGAUUGGAGGACUUUCUGCCGCCAUCCUACAAAAAACAAAACGUCUUCUUUCUCUGUGGCGACUACGUGGGGCCUGUUUUGACCUCCCCGCAACAUGACGAUCUCAGCAUCAACUGGUGCCUCGGCGACAGAGAUAUUGAAGUGCUGGACAGUAGCAAGGGCUUAAUCAUUGAUGGCUCUCCGUCUGUGAGCGGGCCUGGCUUCUCCAGCAGACUUUGCAAGAGAGCCCUCUACAGUUAUUUCCUCCGAGUUGCACAGCUGGGUGGGCAUAGCUAUCUGCUGCAUCUUCAAACCUACCGCAGCGUCAAGGAGGAAGCCAUCGUCUACCAGACAGUCAAAGAUCUGGUCAAGCAACAGUUUCUGAGCAACCGUGCAGGUCCCUGGAAUUCAAAAAAGCUGGUGGACUGUUUUAGCACUUAAAUGCGCUCCCAGCAACAGACCAUGUAGAAGUUUAUCCAGGUUCCUCUUGAGAUUUUGUUUACUGUUGUUCUGUGCACUUCAGUAAUUACCCUUAACAGUAAUUCUAGUUUUGUUUUAUGUAUAAUAAUGUUGUUGCUUUCAGUUUGUGUAGGUGUUUCAGAAAAAUAAAAGAGACCCUACUGUUAUGCACCAGA